AUGUCAACCAGAACCACUCGAUCGUCCGCCAAAAAGCCUGAACAGGGGUCUGCCUCUGGCGCUUCUUCGCAGGGUUCUCAACAGACUUCAUCUCCUAAAACCCGGAAACGGAACCGAGAAGAAACUGAUAGUCCGACACCCAACAAGAAAGCGAAAGUACCCGCAUCGCCUAAUUGCAAAGACCCGAAAAGUCAAGUACUAAUUGUGAAUAGCGACGAAGAUGACGCGGAAGGGGACGAAGACGACACCCCGCUCAGCCAGCUACAGUUGCAGAAGGACAAAGGAAAAGCGAAAGAAGUAGAACUGAAAAAAGAACAACUACCCAAAGAUCAACCCGCUGAAAAUUCCCCUGACGAGGAAGAAGGAGAUUUUGAAGAUCCUUUCAACCAGUUGAACCCUGGGGACUCGAACACCGAUAUGUACGAAGGAUACACCGUCGAUACAAGCUCGCUUCCUGAAAAGUGUCCCAUGCUUCUCGACGAAGUGCGCGAUCCUUUCCUCACCCGACGAAACUUGUAUAAUGGGGUUAAACCUGUUAGGGAAGGCUCUCUCAAGACUUGGAAGACAACGGGGGACGAUCCCACCCCCUUGAUGUCUGUGGGUGCAUGGCAAAAGAUUCUGCCAAAGAAUUUAAACUUGGAUGGAGAGUACUAUAACCCCAGCUUUGCGGACGUAACCGAAUUCGUGGUCCGGUCGAUCGUCAUCUAUCGGUUUAGUUUCACUCGUUACGAGCUUCACCGACCCAAGAUUGGCAUUGUAGCUGGCGUAUCAGUUAUAGGCGUCGUCGAGUCGAAGCUUCGAGCACAUGUGGACACCCGCUUCGUGAGUGGGAUCAUGAACCGAGGCCACUGGGAACGAUGGAAUGGUUUUUUUGCUACUGUGUUCAAUCACGACAACCUCCAAGCCCAAGUUGUCGGAACCAAAAUUCAGUUUCAAACCAAAUCUCGCUUCGAGGGUGGGAAUUCGGAGAGCAGAGCAGAUAACCACGAUAAUCCGUUCAGUGAUAUCCAAGACAAGUCGUACAAGAGUCCCGUAAAGCAAAGGAACAGUGUUCGACGAAUGGCUCCUUAUAAUUAUGAUGAAGAAGGCACACCAAUUUCAAUCCUAAUACCGACUUCUCUCGACUAA